AAUCUUCUCGAGCUACAAACGUCACAAUAUCGAACAAUUCAUGACUUCACGACGCAAUAGCAUCUUAUUCGUGUCGUAGGUUGCAAAACGUCAAGUUACAAUGGAUUCACAAACCUCAAAAGCAGUAACGGAGGACUUGAAUAAAAAUGUGGAAACUAACGUUCAGAGUUCGAAUCCAGGAACCAGCAAUACUUCGACCGUACAGUAUGUAAGUCCGAUGGACAGAAGUGAGGUAAAGAAACUUCUUUCAUAUUCCACGAACUUUGCCAGAUAUUUCCAGUUCAACGAAGAAGAUCAGAAGGCGCUCACAUUCUCCAGUUACUUCGAGGCAGACUACAAGGAUGAAGAAAAGAGGCCAAAGGUUUUAUCAGAAUUCCCGAAUUAUACACGAAUUUUCACAGUUCAAUCUGGCUGGGACCAAAUGAUGCAUCGCGAUGAUAGAAAAACUACGGAGAUAGUCAAAGGUCGAUUUUGUGAAGAGGAAAGACGUCGCGGUGUCCCCCUCGCAAAUUCCUCUUUCUAUGGUAGACAAGUUACAGGGCCAUUGGAAUCCCAUUCACGAACGCAUGCAAAACGGGUGUUGAUCACAGGACCUGGAGGAAGUGUAUAAUUUUUAAAGAAUUCGUUUUACAAACUUGCAAGAAUUCUAAGGAGUAAAUAAAACAUUUCACAAUUUUU